CCCGGGACUCGUGGCCCUGAACAGCCCAGGAGGGGCCGGUACCCGUGCCCUGAGUCCCGGCCCUCCGCGGCUUAGCCUCCCUGCAGCCCCUCAUUGGAGGAGGCAUGGUCUUCUGUGUGGAGAACGAGGACCGUCGCCGACCGCUGCGAAGCACCAUGGUCCACUUCCAGGCAUCAGAAGUCCAGCAGCUGCUACACAACAAGUUCGUGGUCAUCUUGGGGGACUCCAUCCAGCGGGCUGUGUACAAGGACCUGGUGCUCCUGCUCCAGAAAGACUCACUGCUUACAGCUGCCCAGUUGAAAGCCAAGGGGGAGCUGAGCUUUGAACAGGACCAGCUGGUGGCUGGGGGCCAGCUGGGCGAGCUGCACAACGGCACGCAGUACCGGGAGGUCCGUCAGUUCUGUUCGGGCUCUGGCCACCACCUUGUGCGCUUCUACUUCCUCACCCGUGUUUACUCCGAGUACCUGGAGGGCGUCCUGGAGGAGCUGACUUAUGGGCCUACCCCGGACCUGGUGAUCAUCAACUCCUGCCUCUGGGAUCUCUCCAGGUAUGGCCGCUUCUCAAUGGAGAGCUACCGAGAGAAUCUGGAGCGGGUGUUUGUACGAAUGGACCAGGUGUUGCCAGACUCCUGCCUGCUGGUGUGGAACAUGGCGAUGCCCCUGGGGGAGCGUGUCACCGGGGGUUUCCUUCUGCCAGAGCUCCAGCCCCUGGCAGGCUCUCUGCGGCGAGAUGUGGUUGAAGGGAACUUCUACAGUGCUACGCUGGCUGGGGACCACUGCUUCGAUGUCCUGGACCUUCACUUCCAUUUCCGGCAUGCAGUACGGCACCGUCACCGGGAUGGUGUCCACUGGGACCAGCAUGCCCACCGCCACCUCUCACACUUGCUUCUGACCCAUGUCGCCGAUGCCUGGGGCGUGGAGCUACCCAAGCGUGACUAUCCCCCUGACUCGUGGAUUGAGGACUGGCCGGAACCGGAUCAUCUGCUCCAGGGAAACCAUGGGCAGCCCCCAGACUUUGGGGAGCAACUUCCCUUGCCCCCACCCUGUCCCUCUCCUCUCCCUCCUCCCAUGCCUUUUCCCUUCUCCCUCCCUCAGCCUUCGCUGCCUCCCCUGUUCCCACCCCUCUCCCAGGAUGCCCCUUUUUUCCCAGGUCAGCCCUUCCCGCCUCAUGAAUUCCUCAAUUAUAAUCCAGUGGAAGACUUCUCAGUUCCACCCCACUUAGGCUGUGGUCCUGGAGCAAACUUUGUGCCUGGCCCUUUGCCACCUCCGGUCCCUGGCCCAGUCCCCCAUGGUCACCACCGGGCCCCCGUGGUCCAUCGGGGGAUGCCACGCUGUGUACCCAAUGGCCCCUACCAUGUGCCGAGGAUGGGGGGGCCCUGCAGGCAGCGACUCAGACACUCAGACAGACUGAUCCACACAUACAAACUGGACAGACGGCCUCCUGCCCAUUCGGGGACAUGACUUGGGUAGGCUGGAUAUUGGGCUGGGGUUGGAUGUGUCAGUGGUCUCGCAGGGCUUGCUUGCCAUCCCUGAUUGGGCCCGGGUAUCUGCUAUGCGCGGUGUUGUUCUUGUCCAUUGCUAUCACCAAUAAAGGCAUGGAAGAACAGAGUGGCAUCUUCCUGUGUGAAGGAGCGAGUCUCCCAAACUAUGAUCUUAAAAGCUGGGGAGGCUCCACCCUUUGACUGUUCAUCCCACACUGUUUAGAAAUCAUUGUGUGCAUUCUUCUCUUGUCUGACACAUUCACUGCUACUCACACCAGAAUACAUGUGUGCUGAAGAAAGAUCUUGGGGGGGUUCUGCUGUUGUCAGCAGCUUUUUGGGAUUGACACUAAGGUCUGAGUUACAAUAUUUAAAUGGAAUUUUGGAUCUGGCUAAUUCUCUCCUUUACCAGUCUCAUGCAUCUGUGUGUACAUUCAGCAUUCAGCUAUUGGAGGUAGACAUGUACCUUGUCUUCCACAUUACUUGGUGCAUGAUGGAUACUCCAAAAGUGGUUGAAACCAAACAAGAAACUCCCAAACGCGAGCGGGAAACUGAUUCUAAGCCCAUCAUUUAAUACAUGUAAUGUGCA